AUGUCGGGAUACAACUUUCUGACUUCCGGUGCCCCAAGACAACCCGAUGAAAGCAAGUGGAAAUAUCACAUUCGAAAGUUGUUUACGCUAAAAACUCUAACAAGCUUAGAUGAGGAUAGGCAAAAUUCCAAUCUUGCUAAAACUCUAAGUCUUUAUGAUUUAAUAAUGAUCAGCUUGGGUGCGAUAAUUGGCAGCGGUAUAUUUGUGUUAACUGGCGAAGCUGCUGCUACAAAGUCUGGACCGGCCGUGGUCAUUUCAUUCUUAUUGGCUGGAAUUACUGCCAGUUUCGCGGCUCUGUCCUAUUCCGAGUUGACUUCCAUGAUCCCGAUUUCAGGUUCAUCUUAUACAUUUGUAUAUGCAACAAUGGGUGAGCUUAUCGCCUGGAUAAUUGGUUGGGACUUGAUCUUGGAAUAUUUAGUCGGUGCCGCUGCAGUUGCCGUUGGUUGGUCGGGCUACUUCGUCAGUUUCUUUGCUGACUGUGGUGUGAUAUUUUCGAAAUCUUGGACCAGUGCUCCCGUAAAAUACAAUGUCGUAUUAGGCGAAUUUCAAAUCGUCCCUGAUGCCUAUUUCAACGCGCCAGCUUUCUUGGUUGUGAUUUUUCUCACUAUACUGUUGACAAUAGGAAUUAAAGAAUCCGCUAGAGUAAACACCACAGUUGUCAGCAUAAAACUUUUGGUGAUAAUAAUCUUUUGCAUAGCCGCUGGGACGCGUGUGAAUCCGAAAAACUAUCAACCAUUCAUUCCAGAAAACGAAGGUACAUUCUCGAGAUUUGGUAUCACUGGUGUUUUGGCCGGUACUAGUGUAGUAUUCUUUGCGUUCAUCGGGUUCGAUUCAAUUUCAACAACCGCGCAAGAGACAAAGAAUCCGCAGAGAGAUGUACCGAUUGCCAUUAUGACCAGCUUCGCCAUUGUCUCGGUUAUUUACGUUGCCGUUUCGUAUGUUUCCUCUUUUUACUAG